AUGAAGGCACUGAUUUUGGUUGGCGGCUAUGGGACGCGGCUCAGGCCGCUAACGCUGAGCAUUCCGAAACCACUGGUGGACUUCUGCAACAAGCCCAUCUUGCUGCACCAAGUGGAGGCUCUGGCCGCGGCAGGCGUGGACCACGUGAUCCUAGCCGUGAGCUACAUGUCUCAGGUGUUAGAAAAGGAAAUGAAAGCGCAGGAGCAGAAGUUAGGAAUUCGCAUUUCCAUGUCUCAUGAAGAGGAGCCUUUGGGAACAGCUGGGCCCCUGGCAUUGGCCCGUGAAUUGCUGUCUGAGACUGAAGACCCUUUCUUCGUACUCAACAGUGAUGUUAUCUGUGAUUUCCCCUUCCAAGCCAUGGUGCAGUUCCACCGGCAUCAUGGCCAGGAGGGUUCCAUUGUGGUGACCAAAGUGGAGGAGCCCUCCAAGUACGGUGUGGUGGUGUGUGAGGCUGACACAGGCCGCAUUCACCGGUUCGUGGAGAAGCCACAGGUGUUUGUGUCCAACAAGAUCAACGCAGGCAUGUACAUUCUGAGCCCUUCAGUGUUGCGGCGCAUCCAGCUGCAACCCACAUCCAUUGAGAAGGAGGUCUUUCCCAUUAUGGCCAAAGAGGGACAGCUGUUUGCCAUGGAACUGCAGGGUUUCUGGAUGGACAUUGGGCAGCCCAAGGAUUUCCUCACUGGCAUGUGCUUAUUCCUGCAGUCAUUGCGACAAAAGCAGCCUGAGAGGCUCUGCUCAGGCCCUGGCAUUGUGGGCAACGUUCUUGUGGACCCAAGUGCCUGCAUUGGCCAGAACUGCAGCAUUGGCCCCAACGUGAGCUUGGGUCCUGGUGUGGUGGUGGAGGAUGGUGUGUGUAUUCGGCGGUGCACAGUGCUUCGGGAUGCCCACAUCCGCUCCCACUCCUGGCUCGAGUCCUGUAUUGUGGGCUGGCGCAGCCGUGUGGGCCAGUGGGUACGCAUGGAGAAUGUGACAGUGCUGGGUGAGGACGUCAUAGUUAACGACGAGCUCUACCUCAAUGGGGCCAACGUACUGCCCCACAAGUCUAUCGGCGAGUCAGUGCCGGAGCCUCGCAUCAUUAUGUGAGGGUGUACUUUGGGGCUGGUGGAG